GGGGUGGUUAAUUCGUUAGUGGGCCGAACAUUAAAAAAACACAGACUAGAUUCUAGAAGCGUCUCGCGUUUUGCAAAACAACCUUCAUUUCUCGAAUUUCCUAGGGUUUAUUUCCCCCCAACCAAAAACUAUCUCAGGAACAACACUAACCAGUCUCCGGCGAUUCAUUUCUCGAAUUCUAUAUUAAAGUAUUCAAAGGAAUGGCGUCAAUUCAGCUAACCGCGUCAACUCUUUCCGCCAAGGGGUUUGUUUCAUUUGACGGGAUUCGGAAAACCGGAAAGUUAGCAUCUUUUGCGCCGUCCAGGCCGAGCACAAGCAACUCAUUCCGGUCUCUCGUGGUCAGGGCCGCCACCGCCGUUGCACCUAAGUAUACUUCACUCAAGCCUCUAGCUGAUAGAGUGCUGGUCAAGAUAAAGACAGCAGAGGAGAAGACAGUUGGGGGCAUACUUCUUCCAACUUCAGCACAAUCAAAACCACAAGGUGGUGAGGUUGUUGCUGUUGGAGAGGGCCGGACAAUUGGAAAGACCAAAGUUGACAUAAGCUUGAAGACUGGAACAAAGGUUGUGUACUCAAAAUACGCUGGAACAGAGGUGGAAUUUGAUGGAGCAAGUCAUCUCAUUUUGAAGGAGGAUGACAUUGUUGGUAUUCUUGAUACAGAGGAUGUCAGUGACAUGAAACCUCUCAAUGACAGGGUUCUAAUAAAGGUUGCUGAGGCGGAGCAAAAAACUGCUGGGGGCUUGCUGCUUACUGAGGCUAGCAAAGAGAAGCCUUCUAUUGGCACAGUUGUAGCUGUUGGACCCGGAGCUCUUGAUGAAGAAGGAAAAAGGAAAAGCUUGUCAGUUAAUCCUGGAAACACCGUUCUCUACUCCAAGUAUGCCGGCAAUGAGUUCAAAGGCACUGAUGGAUCUGAUUACAUUGCAUUGAGGUCUUCUGAUGUUAUGGCUGUCCUCUCAUAGUUGCAUCACUAUUCCUUUUUUACUUUCAAGGAUCUUCUGAUCUUUUUGGUCUAGAAAACUGGAGUUCACGCUUGAGAUCAAAAUAUUAGCCAUGUUUCUGUGAAGCACUCAAAGUGUAAUUCAUGUAAUGAUCUUUAGCAAUUUUCUUCUUUAUCAGAGUUUCCUUGCUUUUUUUUUGUUUUAUCAAAGCUAUUGCAGAAGCUUCAAGUCUUUAUUGUUAGGUCUGUCGAGAUUGCCACCUAUAGGAUUAUCGAAUCAGGUGUGGUACACAAAAAUCUGGUCAAACUCUUGUAGUCUUGUCUUGGAUAGGACUUUGACAGCUUCAUGACUAGGUAGUUUUCGUGAGUUCGUUCAAGUUCUUAAAUCCAGUAAAUAUUCUCGUCUUUUAAAUUUUAAUGGUGUGACAUGGUGGAAACCAUGUAAAAAACAAGUUAGCCAUAUACAUUGUAGUGUGGUGGUGAUGUGUUGGGGGCGGGCUCAGUUUUGCUGCUUUUAGAAAUGCUGUUCCUGCUAAGAUUUCCUGCCGACAACCACUCCAGAGUCCAGAGUCCAGCCAGCUAGUUUUGACUGGUCAAUCAUGGACGUGUAUAGGCAGGGCAGGGCAGGACUGGGGACAUGAUUCCAGAGGCCGGCUUGAAUUGGUCCAAUCUAGAUGCGGCUCUGAAUCCUCUAAAUUCAGGAUGGACUAGCCAUAACAAUAUAGAGUGUAUAUUGGUUGGGUUGUGACUGGAUCAUAACUGGGCCGAGGGGGUUGACUGCCAAUCAGCUGGCCUAAACACGAACUGGACUGGUAUUGAUGUCCAAAGGGUGGACUGGUUUUGGUCCAAGAUAUCUGGUUCAAUGUUUGGGAUUUGGACUUUAUUUUUUUAGUUCCAGUUAUAGACUCAUGAAAUUGAUGAAAAGAACAUCAAGGAUAUUUAUAAAAAGUAUUCACAUGAAAAGGGAACUAGUAUAAUCAUUCUAAAAAUUAAUUAAGUAAACAUUUUAAUUUUUUUUUAAUGACAUGAGACUAUUAGAUAAUUGUAUGUAGG